CUCCCCUUUCCUCCUGGCCCCUCGCCGCGGAGUCCAGUGCGCUCCAGUGAGGAGGAGCGAGGCGCGGCCUCCGGCGAGCACCAUGGCUGACCAUGACCCAGAGCUGGAAGCCAUCAGGCAGAGGCGAAUGCAAGAGCUAAUGGGACAGCGUGGCGGGGCAAAUCCACAAAAUGCAGGGCAACAAAAGGCUCAGGAAGAGGCAAAGCAGGAAGCUGAGGAACGCCGACAGAUGAUGCUUGCUCAGAUACUGUCUUCUGAAGCUAGAGAGAGGCUCUCCCGCAUUGCUCUGGUCAAGCCUGAUAAAGCAAGAGGGGUGGAGGAUGUUGUGUUGAGAGCUGCACAAACUGGUGGAAUAUCUGAAAAGGUGUCUGAAGAAAGGCUUAUCUCACUUCUGGAGCAAAUCAAUACCCACACAAGUAAACAAACCAAAGUGACGAUUCAGAGACGUCGCAGCGUCCUUGACGACGAUGAUUAGUUGGAAAGCUUGAUGUACGACUGUAUUGAUGGAGUGGAUGGGUGCAGCGGCAAUUUCUUAAUUCAGUAACCGUCAAAACCCGAAACUGUUUGAUGAAUCUUUGGCUGUAUAUGAUCCAAAUGUUAUUUGUGGUUUCUGUUUGAUAACGGUGAAACUGUUGCAUUCGUCUCUUCUAGCCCUGAAACUCUUGGCCACACUCUAGGUUCUUGUGGUUGAUUUAUCAAACCUUUCAUUGUAAUCCAGUAACUUUAUUGUGUACUCUUUCA